AUGUGCCCCCGGAUCCAGUUGGCCUUUGCUGAACAUUCGAUCAGUCCGUUCCGAAAUUACUCGUUUUUGAAAGGGUUGCAAGGCCCAGCCGUCAGAUCUCGGCCAUCAGACAUGCCUGUUACCACCAGGGCCAGCGCUCCGAGCAUUUGGAGCAGGCCAAGUCCCACCUGUGUGGCGGAAAUCACGUUGAUCGGCGAUGGGCCGCACGUGCAACGCCCCCGCCAUAGCCGCCCAAAUCCGCCCUCCCGCCAGCCGAUGUUGAUGGCGCCGGAUCAACGGCCUCGGACACGCCCGCCCCGCCGCACCCACUUUCUGCGCAAGAUGAGCCUGCAACGGAGUCUGGCCUUCUACAGCCGACUAAGGAACACUGUGGGCAGUCCACCGACCGGAUUUGGUUACCUGUUCGAGACGGAUUUCAGCCUGAGGCGCCAACUGCGACGGGACUCCUAUAUGCCGGUCAUCGGAAACUGGCUUCGGUUACCCAUCAAUAGUAAUGAGGGGCCCGAGGGGAGAAGAUUGUUCUCAGAACGACGCCACUGGGAACGAGCUCAACUGCAUUUUCAGCAGUAUCUGGGUCUGAGGCAUCGCCAUCACCACAGCCCCAGAUCAUUCUCACUAAGAUUUGAUCUAAGCUCACUGGACAUGAAGCUCAUCUACGGCAUGUUGUACGGACUGGGACUGAGGGAGGCUUUAAGGUUGGCCUUCAACGAGGUGUUCUACUUGCAUUAGCUGUGGGUUAUUCGGUGCCCCAACGAUCGAUAAUAAAUAAAAUAUUGUCAAUCGAAA